GGUUAGCAUGCUGUGGAUAGGAGGCUAACCUACUGACACACACAGACACACACACACAGACACACACAUGCAGUGAUGCAGUGUCCGAGGCUUCCUAUUGGACGGUGAGUGAUGGUCCACAUGUAGUCAAACUUCAGAUUGACAGACAGCUCAUUGGGGGGGCGGAGCCUGUAGGUGGAGGUGGUGAUGUCAAAGCGAGCAGCAGGGGGGCGGGGGAAGGGGGAGCGACCUGAUGCCAUGGCAACCCUUCAAGCAGCCAAUGAAGAGCUGAGAGCCAAACUGACAGACAUACAGAUAGAACUACAACAGGAAAAGAACAAGGUGAGUCGUCUGGAGAGAGAGAAGAGUCAGGAACUGAGAGCGGAGCAUCACCGGGCAACGGUUGCCGUGACGGAACUGAAAACCAAACUUCACGAGGAGAAGCAGAAGGAGCUUGCUGUUACCAGGGAGACAUUACUACGGCAACAUGAGAUGGAGCUAAUGAGAGUCAUCAAAAUCAAAGACGGAGAGAUUCAGCGUCUGAACGGACUGGUGCUAACACUGCGGGACGGAUCUGCUGACAAGGUGAGGAGCGCCCUGAUGGCAGAGGUGGAGGAGACAAGGAGGAGCUGGGAAGCAGAGCGCUGUCGCCUCCAGCAGGAGGUUCAGGAGCUGCGAGGAGCAAAGAGGGGCGCAGACGAGGCUCUGGCAUCAGCUCAGCAGGCCAGCCAGGCCCGAGCAGCCGAACUACGAUCAGCUCAUCACCAACACCAGGAGGAGCUGAACAGAACCAAGAGAGAUUGUGAGAGGGAGAUCCGCCGACUGAUGGAUGAGAUAAAGCUGAAGGACAGAGCUGUCAGUGUAUUGGAUAAAGCCCUGGGGCUUCAGGCUGGCCACGCCCACCGCCUGCAGCUGCAGACUCAGGCUGCCGAGCAGCAAAUCGCAGCCCUGAGAGACGCGCAGAGGGCGGGGCUAAACCACCCUGGCCACGCCCCUAAUUCUACCCCUAACACUGCUCCUCACAUUUCUCAGGAGGAACGGGACACUCGGAGGUUUCAGUUGAAAAUCGCUGAGCUCAGCGCAGUCGUCAGGAAGCUGGAGGAUCGAAACGCUCUGCUGUCUGAAGAACGCAAUGAACUGCUGAAGAGGCUGAGGGAGGCAGAGAGUCAGUUUCUUCCUCUUCUGGACAAAAACAAACGUCUGAGCAGGAAGAAUGAAGAGCUGGCCCUCGCGCUGCGUCGCCUCGACAACAAGCUUCGCUUCGUCACUCAGGAGAACCUGGAGAUGGUAACUAUGAGGAGACCCAGCUCACUGAAUGACCUGGACCGCAGCCACUCCAGCAGUUACCACGGUUACAGCCAGGAGGACAGAGAGAUGGAGUUUCUACGACUUCAAGUUCUGGAGCAACAACACAUCAUAGACGACCUGUCAAAGGCUCUGGAGACAGCUGGUUAUGUAAAGAAUGUUAUAGAAAGAGACAUGUUACUGAGAUACAGACGACAAGAAUCUGUGAGGAGGAAACGAACCUUCAGAGCCUGCAGGGUCAUAGAGACAUUUUAUGGCUAUGAUGAAGAAGCGUCGGUGGACUCUGAUGGAUCAUCUUUGUCCUUUCACACUGACCGAACCCCCGACACUGAACCAGACGAGGUGUGUGUCCGUGAGGAGGCGGAGCUUCGUUACCGUCAGCUGACUCAGGAGUAUCAGGCGCUGCAGCGAGCGUAUGCUCUGCUGGCGGAGACGAGUGGCGGGAACUACGACGCUGAGAAGGAGAUCAAGACCAGAGAGCAGCUGCUGACUGAAAUCAGUCAAUAUGAAAGCAGAGUUGCAGAUCUGGAGUCAGCACUGAAACAACAAGGACUGGAUGUGAAGUGGGUGGAGGAGAAGCAUCUGUUGUAUCAGAGGAACCAGCAGUUGGUGGAGAAGGUGAGGCAGAUGGAAGGUGAAGAAGUGCAGCUGCAGAACGACAUCCAGGACGUCAGAGACCAGAACGAGCUGCUGGAGUUCCGAAUCUUAGAGCUGGAGGAGAGGGAGCGCCGCUCACCGGCCAUUAACUUCCAACAAAUCCAUUUCCCAGAAGGCCUCAGUCCUCUGCAGAUCUACUGUGAGGCAGAGGGAGUCACUGACAUUGUGAUCAGUGAGCUGAUGAAGAAGUUAGACAUUCUGGGAGAUAACGCCGUAAGUAAUCUGUCCAAUGAGGAGCAGGUGGUGGUGAUUCAUGCCAGGACGGUGCUCACUCUGGCAGAGAAGUGGUUGGAGUCAAUUGAAGUGACGAAGUCCGCUCUGCAGCAGAAGAUGUUGGACAUUGCAAGCGAGAAGGAUCUGUUCAGUAAACAGAAGGGUUACCUGGAUGAAGAGCUGGACUACAGGAAGCAGUCAAUGGAUCAGGCUCAUAAGAGAAUCCUGGAGCUGGAAGCCAUGUUGUUUGAGGCUCUGCAGCAGGAGGAAGACUCCAGGAUGGUGGGAUUAAAGAUGGAGGAGGCUCGUCUGACUGAAACACUGACAGAGGACGAGAGAGAGGGGCUUAGGAGAGCCAUGGACCAGUGGAAAAGAACUGUGAUGUGUGAGCUGAGAGAGAGAGAUGCCCAGAUCCUCCGAGAGAGGAUGGAACUACUGCAACUCACACAGCAGAGAAACAAGGAGCUAGAGGAAUUUAUAGAAGCACAGAAACGUCAGAUCAAAGAACUGGAGGAGAAGUUUCUAUUUCUGUUUCUAUUCUUCUCUUUGGCCUUCAUCCUCUGGUCCUAACAGCAGCUGCGUCUGCAGGCCUGCAGAGUCCAGCAGCUGAACACUCAGUGGGGUCAGCUCAGUCUGGAUUGGUCAAGAAGACAGAAGGAUUCAGAGGGCUUCAGGUUUUGGAACCAGCAGCACCUGACUGAGGCAUGUUGGCUUCACUGCCCUACUCACCUGCCUCUGGCUGCUAUCAGCCAAUCAGAGCAGAGCCCAGCUGUCAGCUGACUCUGGAACUACACUGUCACACCCUCCCAGAAUGCCACUGUGUUCAUUCAGAGACUGAGCUAUGGAUGGUUUCCAUGGCAACAGAAGAAUGUUGUGUUAUAGAAGAGCGAAACCAUCACCGGCAACAUGCUAACUAUCUUAGUGUUAGCUAAUGUUUGCCAGAACGUUCUUUGUCAGUUAAUUGAUAUGCAGCUAACAAACACACGUGCUGGCCUCAGCCAGCUGGACAAAAGUGGUGCUGGACUUCAUACAGUUAGCUCAGCUAGCUGAACUUCCAUUAGAGCUAGCUAAGCUAGCUGACUUCAGACAUUGUUGGCUGAGAUAGCUGGAUAGCAACAGUUAUCUUUGCCAGUUGACUUCAGAGUUAAAGUAGUUAAUUGUGUCAAUUAAAGGUAACUAACCGAUUUGUGGGUUAAUGAAGCUGCAGUGAGUCAGAGCUUGAUGAAAUACAGUAGGAGUUCAUUAAGUGGUUGUGAAGUUACACACGGUUGAAUCACCAUAGAAACACGGUUGAAAAACAGAAUCUGUUCUCACCUGUCCUGAUUUAAGUUCAGAUGAAGUAAACUUUGUUCUGAUUGGCUGUUCCCCCUGCAGGGUAGAGAGUGGUUUAACACAAUAGAGCCUUUCAGCUCACUUAUAGAACUAAGGUUACUGCGGAUAACCUUCAUCACAUCACAGGACCAAAAACUGAUGAAGGAAACUCUUCCUCAUGACCACAGGAGGUAUGCUGGAGGUCAGAGCUGCAAGAAAAACAACUGAACUUUAAAAAGAAAACAAUACCAUGAAGCAUGAAGUUUGAAAGAAGUGAAACUUGGUAAUUAAAGCUGCUGCAGGUCAUGUCGUCAUUCAGCCGAGAGCGGACAUGAUGGGAAGUGAAACACGGUCCAGGUGAUCCAGAUUACAGGUGGUGAGGUUCAAACUGAUGGAAGAAAGUACAAUGUCAGUUCUUAGACUGGACUGAAUUAUGGAGGAUAAUUUCACAGAACAAUAAAGAACACAUAUUAUUCAUAAUUUAUUACUAUUAUAUGAAAUUAUGCAUCUUUUUUCUGCUAUGAAAGAUAAUCAGUUGAUACUGAAAUUACACUGACAGUUUGAAAAGGAAAUCUUUAAAUAAAAUUAUAUCAAUAUUUUGUAGUUUAAUCAAUUGCAAAAUAAUGUUAAUGUUUUAUUGUUUUGCUUAUCUGGUAAAAUUUUUAAUAUUUUAUUUCAUGUCAGGUUUAGCGUUUCACUUUCCAGUUUGUCAUUUCAGUGUGAUGAAAUUCUGGUUGGUAUUAUUUUUAACUUUUUUAACUGUGAUUAUCUUUACUAUUUGUUUAAAACAUGUUUUCUCUGUGAGAAUUAUCCUCCAUUGGUCCUGCAGCGUUCAGAACAGAAACUGAGUAUGUUUUAAAAACUGGAUGCUGCAGUUGUACUUUUAUUAUUCCAGAUGAUAUUUUUCUAUCCCCGCUGUGAGUCUGAUCUCAGUGAACAUCUGAAGAGUCGGCACUUCAAUGUAAUUACAGAUUAAAAAUGGUGGAAAGGAGA